AUAUAUAUAUAUAUAUCUAUAAAUAUAUAUAUAUAUAUAGAAAGAAAUAAGUUAUAUUUACUAUGAAAUCGAGGGGCAUGGAAGCGAUACCCACAAUAAUAAUCGAUGUAAAUAAAUGCUGCCACUUCGAUGACACUGCGAAUUAAAACCGCAACUGAGAUGCAUAAAACGCACAACAGCAAUAAGAGAAAUCCACAACACAUGAAGAAGAAGUUCACGUUUCCCGCGACAGCUGCGCCUGCGCCUUGAAAAAUAUCAAAUAGGAGAAAUUGGAGCCGCCAGAAGAGCAUUAUAUAUAUAUAAAUAUAUAUAUAUAUAUAUAUAUGUAUAUAUAUAUAUAGGGCAGAUCCAGCAACGCACCACCGCAGCACAGGCCAAAAAAGCGUGCAGAGGGAAAUGAGAUGAAGUGGUUUCAAGUGACCAUAGAUAUGAUUCUUGUGCUUUCAUUUAUAUCAAGCAGCACAGCGAAUCCGGAUGCGAAGCGAUUGUACGACGAUUUGCUGAGCAACUACAACAAACUGGUCCGCCCGGUGGUCAAUGUGACAGAUGCCCUCACCGUGCGCAUCAAGCUGAAGCUAUCGCAACUGAUCGAUGUCAACCUGAAGAACCAGAUCAUGACCACCAACCUGUGGGUGGAGCAGUCCUGGUACGACUACAAGCUCAAGUGGGAGCCCAAGGAGUACGGCGGCGUCGAGAUGCUCCACGUCCCCUCCGAUCACAUCUGGCGUCCGGACAUCGUCCUCUAUAACAACGCCGACGGCAACUUCGAGGUGACGCUGGCCACGAAGGCCACGCUGAAUUACACAGGACGUGUCGAGUGGCGACCGCCGGCCAUUUACAAGAGCUCCUGCGAGAUCGACGUGGAGUACUUCCCCUUCGACGAGCAGACCUGCGUCAUGAAGUUCGGCAGUUGGACCUACGACGGCUUUCAGGUGGAUCUGCGGCACAUCGACGAGCUGAACGGCACCAACGUCGUGGAGGUGGGCGUGGAUCUGUCCGAGUUCUACACGUCCGUCGAAUGGGAUAUCCUCGAAGUUCCUGCAGUGCGGAAUGAGAAGUUCUAUACGUGCUGCGAUGAGCCAUAUCUGGACAUCACCUUCAACAUCACGAUGCGCCGCAAGACCCUCUUCUACACGGUCAACCUGAUCAUCCCCUGCAUGGGCAUCAGCUUCCUCACCAUCCUCGUGUUCUAUCUGCCAUCGGACAGUGGCGAAAAGGUCUCAUUAAGCAUAUCCAUUCUGCUGUCGCUCACUGUGUUCUUCCUGCUCCUUGCGGAAAUCAUUCCGCCCACAUCGCUGGUGGUGCCGCUGCUGGGAAAGUUCGUGCUCUUCACCAUGAUACUGGAUACCUUCAGCAUAUGUGUCACGGUCCUGGUGCUAAACAUCCACUUCCGGUCACCACAGACGCACACGAUGGCUCCUUGGGUGCGGACCGUGUUCAUCAACCAGCUGCCCCGCUUCCUGGUCAUGCGGCGUCCGCUUUAUCCGAUCAGCGAGAUGAUAAAAUCCUCGCGCCGGCUGAUGGUGCGCACCUGCAACGGACUCGAACUGAGGGAUCAAAUACCACCGCUGCCACCGCCGGUGGCCUUGUCUCGGAUGCACCACAGCCCAAAGACGACUUCGCGGAGCACCUCGCCGCACUUACAGCACCGCGUGCAGACCUACAACCUGAUGGACGAGUGUGGCAUGGGCAUGGGUGGCAUGGGGGGAGGAGGAGGCGGAGGUGCCUCCACCAUCACCGGCCAUCUGAGCUCCCUGUAUCCGCCGACCAUGUCGACGGCCAACCAGCAGACCUCGACCACAUCCUCGCUGAUCGACGCCCAGUACCACAAUCAGUACCAGCAGACGGGCGGCUCGCUGCUCGACCACCCACUCACGCCCACCAAGUUCCGCCAGAUGACCUCGACCUCCAGCCAGACGGGUCAGAAUGGGAAUGGGAAUGGCAAUGGCAAUGGAAAUGGGAAUGGGAAUGGGAACGGUGGUGCUGGCGGGGGUUAUGGAACAGGGGGAGGCGGCGGCAGCGGGGGUCACCUGUACCGCCAGCAGUCGAGCUGCUCGGCCAACUUCUCGCCGCUGCCGCAGCACGCCUACCAGGCGCACGCCUCCACCACCACCAGCGACCUCGGCAUGGCCAAUCCGAAUGUGAUAAAGUCGACGACGACGGUUAACUCGGUGGCCACCGCCUCGACGCUGGCGGACUCCUGCUGCAGCGGCACCAUCCAGAUCCACCAGGGCAUGGGCGCCGGGGUCGCCUGUCAGUCGUCGGAGCUGCUGCACCACCAGCAGAUGCACCACCACCAGCAGCAGCAGCAGUACCAGCACCACCAGCGACCCAGCACUUCAGCGGCAGCGGCGGCGGCCUCCGGCGGACCCAGCACCUCGGCAGCGGCAGCAGCGGCGGCGGCAGCGGCGGCCGCCGGAACGCCACCACCCCCACCGCCGCCGGCGGGCGUCUGUGAUAUCCUGCCCGCCUGCCAGCGCGAGGGCGGGCCGCACUGCUGCUCUGGGCGUGGCAACGUGCGCCAGCGGUGGCACACCUGCCCCGAACUCCACAAGGCCAUGGACGGGGUCACCUACAUCGCUGAUCAGACGCGCAAGGAGGAGGAGAGCACAAGAGUGAAAGAGGACUGGAAGUACGUGGCCAUGGUGCUCGACCGCCUGUUCCUGUGGAUCUUCACAAUAGCCGUGGUCGUCGGCACCGCCGGCAUUAUCCUGCAGGCUCCGACGCUCUACGACACCCGGAUGCCCAUCGACAUCAAGCUAUCGGAGAUCGCCUCGACGACGGCCAAGCCCAAUGUGGCCAGGCCAGUGUUGUAAGCGGAUCGAUAGGUCGAUAAGUUGACAGUUCGAUAAGUUGAUGAGUCGGUGGCCCGAUCGAUAUCGCAGUAUUCCGGGGAACUCACACCACACACAGUCUGAAGAAGCCAACAAAAGCAAAACACAAGUAAUGAAUGAAAUUCGCAUUUGUUUUUUCUUUAACAACAAACAAGAGAGGGGGUAAACAAAAAAUAACCACAAAACUUGUUCCAAAAACAUAACAGAAACGAGAAACGACGACGAGAAACCAAGUAACUAUAACUAUAAAAUUGUAUUUGUUGUAUACAUAAAAGGUAUAACUAACUAUAAAUAAUUUGUACACUAAUGUUUAAACAGGCAAACGAUGCUAAACAAAGCGGUUUUUUUUCUAGGCAAAGUAAAUGAACAGAGACAAAACAUAAAAAUAAAAAAAAAAAAUUAAGUAAAACCAAUUCAUAUGAAACGAAGCGCAAAAUAGUAUGCAACAGAUAAUUAAAUACGAUUUAUGGUAAUAAUUGAGAGCGAAAUUAAAUUAGUGAAAUUAAAUUAGCCUAGCCAAACAUCAAGAAUAACGAAAUAAAACAAAAAAAACAGUGUGUUUGUUGAACAAGAAAACGAGGAGAAGGAGAACAACAUUAGUUAGCUAAGCGAACCAAAAUAAAGGAACAGGAAAGAAGCCAACAAAAAAGGCAAAUAUAUAUGUAUAUGUGUGUGUACACUGAGAGAAAAGCGGGUAAAAACAAGAGAACAUUUCUGAUUUAAGAAAGCUGUAUUCUUCAAGACCCAUGUCCUUUAAAUUAUAUUCGCCUUGCCAAUGAAAUCUACUUCUGAUUAGGAAAAUAAAAGCCAUCCAAAUUAUUGAUGCAAACAUACUAACAUCCAUUUUGAGCAAUUCAUCCAUAAUUUUGAUACAUUUCUAUGAAAUGUUUAAAUCUAAAGUGACACUUUUUUUAAAAGUUAUUUAUUAGGCUUAUGAAGUUCACAUCUGUUGUUUUCCAUUCAAUUUAAUUCUUAAUAACGUUCCAAUAUUAAACUACGUUUCAGCUAACCCACAAUGUUUUUGGUAUGCUUUACAUGAAGAAUGCUUUCUUAAAUUAUGAACUAUUACGUUUAAUUUUUUUUCUCCGUGUGCAUGAGUAUGUGUGUGACUGCAAAUGAGGCAUGCAAAUUAGUGCAAAUAAACCGAGGAAAACUAAGGGGAAGAGAAUGGGGGCAAGCGCAGCACCAGACCCCCGGAAAAGCCAAAAAACCCCCCUCCACGAUUUCGCCUUGGGGCAAUUAGUUAGCACAAAGCUUUAGUUAUUAUGCCCAAGUGUACGUGGGCCUAUAUGCGUGUUGGUGCGAGCGCAUGUGUGUGCAUAGUAAAUAAUCACCAUUAGAAAUUCAAAUUCAAUUUUGGCGCUUGCACUGCCUAAUUGGCAAAAACGCGUUCAAGUUGCUCACGUUUCUUUUUGCCGCCCAAUUAACAUUUCCCACGCUCGCCACGCUCAUAAUUUAUGAUAAUUUUCAGUUGCAUAAUUCACGAAAAACGAUAAAAAAAAAAUAAACUCAAAAGUUAGUGGAGCUACCUGCAAAAUAAAAAAAAGUUUAACUCGCCUUCGCAUUUUUGCUGGUAUUAUAUGGCGAUUGCUUUAUUUGCAGCACCGUUUAUUUGCCUUACACUUUUUAUUGCUCAUAAAAUCAAAUGAUGCCUGAUUAGGGGAAGACAACAAAAAAAAAACAGAAAGGACAUUGACAGCAGGGGAAUUCCCCCUUUUUUCACACAAAAAAAAGAAAGUUUUAAAAUGCAGUUGGCCUGUCUAACAUAUUUCUGUUAGUCGAGGGAAAUUUUUACAGUCGACAGGCGACAAACUUUUCACUUCGAUUUGGCAGGACCACAAAAGGGAAAAAAAUUAAACAAAUAAACAAGUUCCUUUAAUUUAAUUAGCACAAUAAAAUCAAGCUUAUAUUUAUAAUUAAAAACUAUUUUCUAUUGCUAUUAAUGUCCUCUUCUACACAAACCAUUUUGAGUUUAAAAAGCUUAAAUAAGAUAUUGCUAGUAAUUAUGAUUUUUAUAUUAUUUAUUAUUAUAGCGCGACAAGUUUUUAGCGCUAGUCAAAGUUUAUUUCAGUCCCAAUAAUGGUCUUAUUACACCAACUGUUUUCAAACAUUAUUUAAUUUAAAUUGUUAGUUUUGUAAAAUUUGGAAUCAAUAUUAUCAUUAAAAUUGAUUUUGGAUUCUUUGUCGCCUGAUCCUGAAUUAUUGUCGAAGCCAACAAAAACAAAAACCACAAUGCGUGUGUCGUCACAAGCAAGUGUCAAUCACAGUCACCGCAAUGCAAUUGCUCCCGCCACGCCCCCUGGGUCCCCCUCCCCUCUACCCCGCCCAUAUCACACACAACACUUUUCCAGUUUUUAAUUAAAUGAAAUGCAAGCGAAGAGCUAUGGCAGACAGUGUGCCAGAGGGAGAUGGGGCGAUGAGUGAAAUGCACACAAAAUGAAAAGCCAUUAACGAAAUAUUAUAUCUGAAGAUGGCGGGAGUGGCGAUGUCAGCUGAAUCCGGUUUGGGAUAUAAAAAGAGCACAAAUUUCUGAAGCUUUUAUGCACAGAGAGAAACAAUUUAUUUAUGUUCGCGAAGAUUCAAUUUACAAAUUUAAAAAGUGUUAUUUGGAUAUUUUUUCUUACGAAUUGGGAUUUUUUAAGGGGCACGAUAAAAACAUUUUUAAUUAAGGUAUUUCAUGAAUGAUUCGCAUUUUGCAAUUCAAUAUAACUUAUUUAGGAUACAUUUUCAAUUUAAGAAUUGUUUUAAUGAUUAACAGUUUUUAAUUCUUUGUGACCAGAAAGAAAUUUCUAAUUACAAGGAACAGAAAAUUAUUCGAUUUAAUAAAAGGAUUCAUAACUGGAAUAAAAAUUUAAAUAAUAGGUUUUAUUCAAAGGAACCACAACAAUCCCUUAAAAACUCUUCAAAAGUCAUUAAAUUCCAGCUAAGUCACUAGAGCUUUUGGGUUUAGGACGCUUAGGAAGUGGUAUUUCCUUUCCGUGUAGCUUUGAUGUUAUUUAAGCGAAAGGCAUUUAAUAGGUUAUAUAAGUAAGCCUGGAAUGGGGCAGUUGGAGACCGCAAAUCAUAAUUGUUGCGGGCACACAGGACACAACAAAAACAAAUGGGGGAAAUGGGGAGUUGGGCCAAUAAGUGGGUGGUCGGUGGUCGGUGGACGGUGGACGGUGGACUUCUCCCUGAAGUCGUAACAAUGCAAACUGUGUGGCCACACACAAAAAGGACAUUAGCCCUGCUCCUUGCCAGAUCGCUUUGCCUUCUGCUUUUUGCUUUUUGCUUUUGGCUGUUGAUUUUGCUUUUGCUUAUGCUUUUCCCUUUGGCUCUCACUUUUGCUUUGUUUCAUUAUUUUUCUUCUAUUUUUUUCUUUUUUUCUUGGCCGCCAAUGAGCGAUGCGUAUCAGCAGCGAACGAAGCCAAGAAUUCGGUCUAUUUGUUUGUUUUCACUUUGACGGCCUAAAUGUAUUCACAGUGGAAAUUCCUGUGGCAGGGCAAAUUAAGUCACGACAAGGGAAGUCGGGUGGGAAAAGAAAUUAACCAGUUCAUUAACACAAUUUUUGACAUUCUUGAUAUUUUUGAUUUUGGUGCCCUGAAUUCGAAAGGCUACAAAGUUGCACAAGGGAAUAGGAGUUUUAAAAAAUAUUUUUUUUUUCUAAACCUUAAGGUAAUGUAAUUUUUUGUUAUCUUUUUUUUCGCCAACAAAGUUUGUUAUAUUUAUUGUGUAUAUUUAUCAAGGUUUAUUAAUGUUUUCCACUGUCUUCAAUUAACUGUUUUAUAAAGAUUUUUAACCGUUUUAUACCAAACUUUCCACUCCGUAGAUCAUCUCAAGACUCACUUACAAGCGACACUUAAAAUGUUAAGGGCAAAUGUAAGGUUCUUACCCUUUCAUUGCCUAUCUACAAUCUUUCCGUAUCCGGUGUGAACAUAAAAAAUGCACAUCCAGUUGAAGCAUUUAAAUCAAUGCAAGCCAACCGUUUCCUUAAAUCCCCUCCAAUGCACCUUUCAAUUCGAAUUUAAAUUUUAAAUUUUAACGAAAUAAAAAGGGAAACCAAAAAAAAAAAACUAGGAGUAUAUGGCUGAGCCGGCAAUAUCCAUCAUUGAGCAUUUCCCACUGUACCAGCAAUUUAUCUAUGUGUCUAUGUCCAUGUUCCCGAGUGUCGCGUGUCGGCCCCCAAACGCAGUGGGCAAUACAAAAGCAAUCAUAAAGUUAUAGCCCGGCUGAAACAGUCGCUACUUCGGGGCAACUUCCCCUCGACGGCCAUUUCGACUACCGUUCCCGGUUUUCGGUUCGCUUGCCAGCCAAAAACUCGAAGCAGAAACCAACUUUACACCCUUGGGCGACAUUUUCCACCGGGCAGCAGCCUUUUCCGCACCCACAAUUGGACCCACCAACACCCUAGGCCAGUACUGCUAUCUUGUCCUUUUUUUUGCGGACAGAUUUGUCCCUUUUCGCUGUUCAACUAUAGUUGAAUUUGUUCAGUAAGUUUUAAUAUUUAGUAAUUUUAAAUUGGCUUGCAUUUAAAAAUAUAUGGUUGUUUUUUACAGAUGUGGAUUAAUUCAACUAGUUGAAUUAUUCUAAAUGGUAUGACUUUUCAUGACUUUUUUAAUUUGGUUUGUUAUAUUUUCAUUUAUUAAUUUUAAAACGUUUGCGUUUAAACAUAUAUGAAACGUUUUAUUUUGUUGCCAAUAAAAUUUAAAAUAUCUUGCUGGCAUCUCUAACCCACCCACGCUUUCCCUCUCCCCCAUUUUCCCGCCCCAUAUCGUUUAAUGUGCUAUCUAUGUUUCUGCUUCUGUUUUUUGACCCACCUUUUGCCUGAAUAAGAGCGGCGAAUUUAUUGCUUGCUAAUAGGAAAACAGCCUCCCUUCGGACUUUUCCCCAGUUCUCAGCCCUACACCCUCGUCCAAAAAAAAAAAAAUAUUCUGGCUGGUCAGGAGGACAAAGUUUGUCGACAAUUUGUUGUUUUUGUAACGGGGGCGGGGGGAGGGGAAAUCACCCAGAGCAGAGGGAAAAUAUGUUUUCAACAUAAUUUCAUUCAUUAUAUUGGAAUUGUUAUUGUUGUUGGUCUGUUGGUCUGUUUGCCGAUGCUGCUGCUCAUUUUCAGCAGGCUCAUUAUCGGCCACGCCCCCAAAAAUACACAAAGACCCACACACCCACACCUUGGGCGGGCAUUUUGGCUAAUUUGAAUUUGAUUUCAUUCGGAAAGUUUGCCGUUUUUGGCAUUUGUUUCAUGGCGCUGUUUUGAUUCUUGCGACAAGUGCAAAUAAUUGUAUUCGUAAGUUGAUUAAUUGAAAACGAAUGCGAGACGGGGGAACAGUGAUUUUUAAUAAUUCAAGAACCCAGAAAAAAAUAUCUUAAAAUAACCCAAUAUUACAAAAUGGGUCUUUUCGUUCGACUCAACUAAAACAAAUUGCCUGUAAUUUUACAGAAUAUACCAAACCUUUUAACUUUCAUGGAAAAAAACACAAAAAUUAAAGGCAAGUGAUCAAAAUUCUCUAGAUAUAAUGUUUUUGCAAAAAACUCCCCGAAAGUCUUUUGUAGUCUUGGUUUUUAUCACUGCUGUAAUGAAUCUUGAAAUUUUAAAUUUUUUCUUCGAAAAUUUAAAGUAACAAAAAGGAUAUACGGAUUUUUUGCCCUUAACAAAUUGUCUUAAAAUUCGCUGAAAACAUCCUUAGCACAAUUGAAAUGAACCUCUAAGGUUUCACAGGAAUAAACAAAUACAUGUUCCAAAUAUAGGGAUUUACGAAGUCCUCUCUCGGCGCAAACAUUUCCGAGUGCGUGAGUGUGCGUGCGUGUCAUAUAUAUCACUAGUCCCUAACAAAAAAUAUGGAAAACAAACAGGCGUUAAAAUAAAAUUAACUUAUUUAAAACGUAUUUAUAUGGAAAUUGGAAACAAACAAACGAAAAAGAAACUCAAGAGACAGAGAAACAAAAGUGUAAAAAUGUUGAAAUAUUUUUUACAAAACAAAAUGGGCAAAACUAACAAUAUGCCAAGGGGUCAAGGGGUUAGACUUUGGACAUUAAUUGAACUCGACUUUUUGGGGUCGCUACCAUUUGCCACAAGACAUUGUGAGCUCCAACAGUUUAUACAUAAGCACAUAGAUAUACACAUAUAUAUAAAUAUAUAUAUAUAUAAAGAUAUUUGGGAUCGGGGGCAAAGUGGGGCCGGCGAAACUAACACUAAAAUUAUAAACGCGAAAGUCGCAUAAAGGGUGACAUUUUUUUUAGAACGUACCUUUAACAGAACGUUUAAGAAGCGUUCACCCAGAACAACUAACACUAAUUUUAAAGCAUACAUUUAAUAGUAAAAUUAACAUUAACAUUAACAUUAACAUUAACAUUAAAAUUAAACUAAAACUAACAGAAGAAAUUGAUAAGCGAUAUACACAGCAAAGAAAAAAUUAGCAAAAUUGUUUAAAAAUGAGCGAAGCAAACCAAAAACGAAUUGAUCUAACUUUUAAGAACAUAACACAAAUGGACAAAAAAGAAAAACAAAUUAAAAAAUAUAUUUAAACAAAGCAAAGAAAAAAACUAUAAAAUUAUACGAUUUACAAAGCUAAGAAAACAAAUAAUUGUAAAAAUAGAGACCACUUUUUUUUGCUCAAAGCCAGGGGUCAUCCCUCACCCUCAUUCACUUUCCCAAGAAAAAAAAAUUAAACUCAAAAAUAAAAUAUAUUUCGCGGCACGUAAAAAUUUGUUCGUCACGAAAAUAAACCUAAAAAAUCCAACACAAAACGAUUUUCUAAAAAAAAUUUGCAAGCAUUGGCCAACCCAAAACCAAAUAAUGUUUAAAAUUAAACUAAAGCCAAAACAACACUCAAGUAAAACCACAAGAAGAUAAGAAAAAAACGAAGAAAAAUUAUAAUUAAAACUUAGCUUCUAGUGAGAGAAUUUUUAAAACAAAGCGAAAAUGAAAUGAUAGAAAAAUGCCCCAGAAACCAAAAUAAGAAUCUAUGUUAACAAAUCGAGAAAAGAUAAAUAUAUAAAUGGAAUUAUAAGAUCGGCUAGCCGACACUGAAAUACCCUUGCAAUUGAUUUAAAAAGUUUGAGAUCAGUAAUGAAAAUGAACCCAUAUACAUAUAUAUUAAAACACAUAAUAAAAAUCGAACUAAAACAAUGAAGUAUUUUAUGUAUAUUUAUGUGCUUAAACAAAAAACUAGAAAAUCUAGGUUUAAUAAUUAACACCUAAUUUCAUUUAAAGAGUUUUGUUUCUCUUAAUCUGGUUUAAUGUGUUUUUUAACAAUGCUUAAAAAAGAAAUAUUGAAUAUAUUUUAAACUAAUUUCAGACUGGUAUUAAAACCCUUUCGGUUUUUAAUAAUUAACUUAAUUGCAUACAAUUUACAAUUCUUUUUUCUAAAAUUAGGAUCGAUUUUUAUUCAAUUUGUAGAACAUGAAAACAUAUAAGUUUUGGAAGAAAUUUGUUAAUUAUAUUUCAUGAAACAUGAUUCCUUUUUAAGGCAAAAUAUAAAAAUACGAUUGCAAGGAUAUCGAGUAAAAAGUUUCUAAACAAGAAAUGCAAAAACUAAAACCAAAUGAGAAACAGAAAUUCAACUAGAGAAUUCUUUUCAAAUAUCAAAUAAAGCAAGAAAAUAA